AUGGAAGUCUGGAAACAGAUCCUCCCAGCAGAGGAGUAUAAUAAAUACCUUGAUGAAGGUGCUUCUGUUCUAUCAGAUAUGUCAACCACCCUGGAAGAACUGAAUGACACCUACAAAGAGGCCUGGUACCAGCUGGGGCAAAACACACGACAUGACUUUGAGGCAUAUAGACAGACCAAGCGAUACAAGGAGCUCUGGUCAGAUGUCGAGAAAGCAGCCCAGAACAGAGCUGCCAAUCUUGCCAAGCGUGCCUACGCACAGAACGAGAUCAAAAGGCUAUGGGGAGAUCGCGGUGCUGAUUUCUUGACCUUGAAUGAGGCUUACGGAUUCACUUAUAAGUCAAGGAGCCUCGCGAAACGUGUGCCAGAUUAUGGCAAAGCCAUGAAAUAUCUCAACCGUGUACUGUAUCAGCGAAGGUCAAGGGGUGGAAGAAACCAAAAGUGCUCCCUAAUCCCAGGUGGCACAGAUCUACAGAACGCUCUGGAGUUAGCAGAACAGUUCCCUGAUGGUGUGCCUGCUUUGUCGACAGAAGAACUGCUUCAUUUUGGAUCAGGACUUGAGAUGAGCAUCGGUCACAAUGGCAUGCUGACACAUGGCCUAACAUUGACAGGAAUCAUAGGCGAGGAAAACGACUCUGUAACUAGGUUACAGACAGACACUUCUGGCAAUGCAACAUCUCAAACCCCUGUCUCCGGCCUGCUGCCUUCAACUGCGUCUGUUACCCAGCCUCUCAAUUCUCAACAGAACGAUAGUAUCGAUGGCGUUAUGGAUAAUGGCUGCAUGUGUGUCAUGAAUGAGUUUCUCAUAAUGCAGAUCAUGCGGACUUUGGAUGCACUCUCGAGCAAUUGGAGCCUCGAAUCUCAGAAAAGAACUUUUGAGAUUGUGCGUCAGAAUUCGCGAGCAUUGAGAGAUAUCACCGACCAACUAUCCAACGGGAAAAGAUUAGCAUGUGAGGACCACACGAAGAAGUUAGCGACGGCGAUCGGGCUGCGAGCACAAUCCAGCUACGAGCUCCGCCUGGAAUGA